AUGUCUAAAGUUUGUUCCGAAUUUUAUGCCAUAGAUGGACAGGAAACUGAGGCUCAGGAUUUGAGACUAUACUUGAGAUACAUGGAGCAUGCACAACAAUGUGAAGAAGCAGCACAAACCUGUCGUGAAUAUUUGAUAAAUAAAAAUUUUGAAAUGCUUCUAUGGAAAUUGAAUAGUACUAUUUCGAAUAUGAGAAUAGAAAAGCAAAAAUUUUCAAUCCCCAUAGUUAAUCAUGAUCAAAAAGUGAGUUCACAGCAAUUUAGAAAACAAGGUGAUUUAUUUGGUGGAAAUUCGAAAACAGCGCUUAUUGUUGGAAGUUCAAAUUCAGGAAAAACCAAUCUGAUGCUUACACUAUUAGAGCAUCCAAAUGGUUCAAGAAAAGCAGUAAGGGAUAAAUUCCAAGCGCUCAAGUUAGCUUCUUCGACCGCACAAUUAGAAUUGGAGAAAGCGUAUAGGCCCAUUACACAACCACUUAAAGAUUUUAUUACAAAUAUUGGGAAAGCCGAACCACUAACAUUUAAAGAGGAAGAAGAGUUUAAUCCAGAAGAGGAGUUUUCAACCCCAAAAUCUUCCUAUAAAACUUCAACUCCAACUAGAGAAAAAACUCGAAAAAGUGGAAAGACUCCUAUUCUACCUUUUGAACAACCGUCAUUUUUUGAUAUGUCCAUAAAUCGAUUACCUUCAGUGAGGGAGGUGGCUUCAAUAAGAGAGAUGCCUGCACUAAGAGAGAUGCCUCCAAUAAGAGAAGAAGUGACAUUCGAAAGCUCACCUCAAUCAUCGACUGAAACAAUUAGAAAUUUAUCUGACAUUUUGGAACAAACAAAGCAGUCAAUACAAACCUAUGUUGGACAUCCAGUCUAUCUGGACUGGUUGAGUGAUUUUCACGAGUUACCCAGAACGUAUAUUGACAAUAGUGUAAAAGAUACAGAACAUAAAUUUGAUCACAAUUAUGGCACCCCAGGGCUGUAUGAAUUAUUAUUCAAAAAAGAACCUGUGGGCGAUAAAAAAGCCGAUUUGGAUAAUUACAUGGAUAUAUUAACUCGAACUAAUGCGUACCGCAGGAAUAAUAAUCCCAAUGAACAAGUACAAGGAAACAGUUCAGUAAAAUACGUUACUAUUAUCGGACCAUAUUUAUAUAAAAAAGGAAUCACAAAAUCUAAAACAAUCAUUCCCAGGCCGGUAUUUGAAAAACCUGUAGCACCUUAUAGAGCGGCUAAAAAAACGGGGGUCGCUCGAAUUGGAAAAGGUCUUAUUUUGAAACGUAAUAAAAAAAGUACAGAUUAUGUAUAUUGGGAUAAUGUUAAUGAGCUAGUAAAUCGUCUUCGAAUACUAUUAGCUUCCAAGACUGCAGGUCAUAAUGGACAUCGAAAUGAAAUAAUAUCUAUUAUAGAAGAGUUGAAAGAAGCUAAAGUUAUACUAUAA